UAGUAAGAGGAGGAGGAGGAAGAGGAGGAGGAGGAGGAGGAGGUGCGUUGCUACGUCAGUGUUCAUCACAGGGACACAGGAGGCUUUUUGCUUUCAGUCCUGGGGGGUGACUCCCUGAGCGGAAAACAGCGGAUCCCGGUCACCCAGCGCGCACUCAUCUGCACACCCAAAGGGUUUCUUUGUCUUUUCUCACGGUUCGGCAUUGGCGUCAACACUGGCCACGGUCCAGUACAGUGGAGCAGGGAGCUGUCCGCAGUGCUGAAUUCAUUCGCCAACACAAAUCCUCUGUGCACACUCAUGUGCAUGGGCCGCUCCUGAUACCUCCUACUCCUAACAGCAAGUGACCACCACCUCAUCAACCAAGAUGGAUGACGACGGACGCUACAGAGACAGCCGCACUGACUUCAUUCGCGGCGCCAAGGACAUCGCCAAAGUGGCCAAGAAGCAAGUGGGCAAGAAAGUGGGACGUGGCAUGGACAGAAUGGGUGACGAAUACACCAAACGUUCCUAUAAACGCUUCGAAGAGGAAGACGACGAUGACGACUACGCCGGCGUGCCAAGCGGUGACGGGGGAUAUUAUCGUAAUGACAGUCGGGCCAAUGACGACGAAGGCCACAGCGACUCCACCGAGGGGCACGACGAGGACGAUGAAAUCUACGAAGGCGAGUACCAAGGCAUCCCCAGAGCUGACUCGGGCAAGGCCGGCGGCGUGGACGGGGUGACGGCCGCCCAGGCGCAGCAGUUCAGAGAUCUGUCGGCCUACGAGGGCGAAAGGAGGAAAGACCAGGAGGAGCUGGCACAGCAGUAUGAGACCAUCCUGCAGGAGUGUGGCCACGGAAAGUUCCAGUGGACGCUUUACUUCGUCCUGGGGCUGGCCCUGAUGGCGGACGGCGUGGAGAUCUUCGUGGUCGGCUUUGUUCUACCCAGUGCGGAAAAGGACAUGUGUCUGUCAGAGCCGAACAAAGGGAUGCUGGGUCUGAUCGUGUACCUGGGGAUGAUGGUGGGGGCCUUCGUGUGGGGGGGGCUGGCAGACCGGAUCGGCCGGCGGCAGACCCUCCUCAUCUCCUUGUCCAUCAACAGCGUGUUCGCCUUCUUCUCGUCGUUCGUCCAGGGCUACAGCUCCUUCCUGUUCUGCCGUCUGGCCUCUGGGGUGGGCAUCGGCGGCUCCAUCCCCAUCGUCUUCUCUUAUUAUUCGGAGUUUCUGGCCCAGGAGAAGCGAGGAGAGCAUCUGAGUUGGCUCUGCAUGUUCUGGAUGAUCGGUGGGAUCUACGCCUCGGCCAUGGCCUGGGCCAUCAUCCCACACUACGGCUGGAGUUUCCAGAUGGGUUCGGCCUACCAGUUCCACAGCUGGAGAGUCUUCGUGCUGGUGUGCGCCUUCCCCUCGGUGGCCGCCAUCUCCGCCCUCACCACCAUGCCUGAGAGCCCACGCUUCUUCCUGGAGAACGGGAAACAUGACGAAGCCUGGAUGAUCCUGAAGCAGGUCCACGACACCAACAUGAGGGCCAAGGGAUACCCAGAGAGGGUCUUCUCUGUGACCACCAUCAAAACGGUCAAGCAGAUGGACGAACUGGUGGACAUGGGGGACAGCAUGGCCUGGCACGAGAAGUGGAGGAUCAAGCUGACCACGCUUUUCCAUCAGGUGUGGAGUAACUUCCAGACGGUCUUCUCUCCUGAGUACCGCCGCACCACCUACAUGAUGAUGGCUGUGUGGUUCUCCAUGUCGUUCAGCUACUACGGGCUGACGGUGUGGUUCCCCGACAUGAUCAAGUACCUGCAGAAACAGGAGUACGCCUCACGCACCAAGGUCUUCGUGAAGGAGAAAGUCGAACAUGUGACCUUUAACUUCACUCUGGAGAACCAGAUCCACCGCCAGGGAGAGUACUUCAACGACAAGUUCAUGAACCUGAAGAUGAGGUCCAUGGUGUUUGAGGACUCCCUGUUUGAGGAGUGUUACUUUGAGGACAUCACCUCCAGCAACACCUUCUUCAAGAACUGCACUUUCAUCGCCACCCUGUUCUACAACACAGAUCUGUUUAAGUACAGGUUGAUCAACAGUAAACUCAUCAACAGCACCUUCCUGCACAAUAAGGAGGGCUGCCUGCUCAGUGACGUCAGCGAUGAGAAUAACGCCUACAUGGUCUACUUCGUCAGUUUCCUGGGCACCUUGGCCGUGUUGCCCGGUAACAUAGUGUCGGCGCUGCUCAUGGACAAGAUCGGCCGGCUGAGGAUGUUAGCCGGCUCCAGUGUCAUCUCUUGCGUCAGCUGUUUCUUUCUGUCGUUCGGCAACAGCGAGUCGGCCAUGAUCGCUCUGCUCUGCCUGUUUGGAGGAAUCAGCAUCGCCUCCUGGAACGCCUUGGAUGUGCUCACCGUGGAGCUCUACCCCUCUGACAAGAGAACCACAGCCUUCGGUUUCCUCAACGCUCUCUGUAAAUUAGCCGCCGUGCUGGGCAUCAGCAUCUUCACCUCGUUCGUGGGCAUCACUAAGGCGGUGCCCAUCCUCUUUGCGUCGGGGGCGCUGGCGGCAGGCAGUUUCCUGGCCCUCAAACUACCGGAGACGCGGGGUCAGGUGCUGCAAUAGUGUGGUGCCACCAACUUUAGGGUGGGGGGGGGCUGAAGGGUUUUCGCCACACUGUGAAUGAACAGCUUAAGAGCCCCCUGAAAACCUACCCUCUAACCCCUCCCUCACCAUUAAAGGCAGGUUUGCAGCUUUUAGACCGUGCAGAAAAGACCGGGGACAAAUUAUUAGAAAGCAUCUAGGAGCUUUGAUUCCAGUGGGUAUUGAUGUGAGAACAGGCGCAGAUGUGCACGAGGGUGAAUCCACAGAUUUGGCUGCACUGGGGUGAGUACUCAUCGGUGGGGUUGGAGGUCAGGAGGGGGGGGCUCUUGGUAUCGAGCCAUGCAAAUAGACUCAUAGAAAUGACCACUAGUUCUCUGUAGUCACCUCCAUCCAUUUGACAAACUCCGCUCACUUUUCAACUUGUCUUCACAGUCUGUCGUAAAAAUCAAAAAUGCAACAUCUUAGGCCUUGAUUUGAAGCAUUUUUGACUUUGCGGGUGUAAAACCAACACACAACUCUGGUGGCUUUCUCUGUAACAAAGACCUAUCCUCAUUCUGUGUCUCCUCAAGG